AUGAAGCCUCUUUCGUACGUCACUGUGCUUCUCGCCGCCUCGGGAGUCAACGCCGUGGUCAGUAAUGUUCCUACGAAGGAAGUAAAAUGCAGUGGCGUUAACCGUGGCUUUACGUCUAAUGAUAUUACAAACGCCGGAAACGGCGCUCUCCAACACAAAGAUAAACCUAUUGGAGAUCGGAAAUACCCUCAUAUUUACUACUUCGAUCGUCCUGACUGCGGCAGUGAACUCUGGGGAUUCCCGCUUAUUUGGACGGUCCCCUACGGGGGAGGAGAUCCUGGACUCGUUAGAAGUAUUUUCACCUUUGUGAAUGAAGGAGGGAAUAUAGUGGCAAGGUAUUGCGGUACUUAUGCCCACAGAACUCGGCCCGGCGACAAUGACUUUUACCGGUGCGACUGA